GUAAACGGAAGUUUACCUUUUUCUUAAUAUUAAGGUGUUUUCAUGGGGCAUCAUGUCCUGUAUCACGACAGCACAUUUUUCAAUUUUACAAGUAUUCGUUUAAAGAUUUUUUUAUGAUAAAUCAGUUUUAAUCUACUUGCAGCAAUAAUAAGGUGGAUAUGUACUUAGGUCCUACACUUUGUUAAAGAUAUAUUAAUGGCGGGUUUUGGUGAUUAUAACAAUUAUAACAGACCCUAUGGACUGGAUCCUAAUAGAGAAACGAACGACCUUUAUGAUACUCGGUAUCAGCAAAUAUAUGGAUAUCAUACUCCGUUAAAUGAAGAAUAUCAAGGACCUCCUCUGGUCAUGGAUGACAUUUCGGAAGAAGAGAACAAUACAUAUGUAACUACAGCAAUCAGCGUUGCAAGUUUGGUAACAGAAAACUUACUUAGCCAUCCUUUUAUUGUUUUAAGGAGGCAAUGUCAAGUUCAUAAUACUUUAAAAAACUACCACAUUGUUCCCUAUACAUUACUACCAGUGGUGGUGCGAUUACACAGGCGUCAGGAAUGUACUACAUUGUGGAAGGGCAUUGGUUCUACUUGUAUAGUGAAAGGCCUUAAUUUAGCUAUAGAAGAUGUUAUUUCAAAAGGAACAGGAUGGCCCAAAGAAAUAAGCAAAUGUGGCUCUAUUUUACAAUUUUUUCAACACAUGACCCUGAAAUGUAUUAGUUUAGCUGUAAUAACUCCAUUCUACUCUGCAAGUUUAGUUGAAACUGUACAGAGUGAUAUAGCAAGUGACAAGCCUGCAGUUCUUGAUGUGUUUAGAGAAGGUUUUAUGAGAAUACUAGAAUGGGGUACCCCCAGCCGUGGAAGAAUGCUGCCUAUUUGGGCAAUAGUCUUGCCAACUGUAGCAUUUGGGAUUUCAAAGUAUUUUGCUCACAUAACUCUUAAGAGCAUAACAGUGAGGGUACUGCAGUUUCAACAGAGACAUAGACAUGAGCUCAGUCCAAGCUAUGAUGUGAAUAAGGCAAAAACUUCUAAUCCACUAAUAGAGGAUUUAAAUUUAAAGGCAAACAUUUUUUCAUUCAUUGCCAUGGAGAUAAUUUUUUAUCCUGUAGAAACUAUAAUACACAGGUUGCACAUACAGGGAACCAGAACCAUAAUAGACAACUUAGAUGCAGGUACAGCAGUUACACCAAUCCUUACAGGAUAUGAAGGCUUCAUUGAUUGUUACAAUACAACAAUAUCCAAAGAGGGGUUUGGAGGAUUGUACAAAGGUUUUGGUGCACUGGUGUUACAGUUGGCGGCUCAUCUUGCCAUAAUUAAAUUUACCACAUUUGUAGUUUCUGAAAUGUCCAACCUUUUAAAACCAGUAAACUCACCUAAUUCUGAAGAGACUGUUAGUUCACAACAGAAGUAUUUAUUUCAUUAAGAGCAUAUUGUAGGUAAUAUAUUUAAUUUGAUAUUCAGUUUAUGUUUCUACUACAUAAUUUAUUAAUUUUUAUCAGUUUUAAAGCCCAUCUAU